AGAAAGAACAAAAGAAAGCAAUACUUUUUUAAUUCAACGAGUUUCAUCAUGUCCCUUUACUGAUAUCCAGUAACUCAACAUUAACUUUAGUCUUCUAAUAUCAAGCGCACAGGACGCUCGCUCAUCCACGAAAAGCGUCAAUAUAAUCAGAAUGCAUCUAAAUAUUCACCGCAGGUGAACAUUUCGGUUUGAUGCGAAUAUUUUAUGUUAAGACAAGCUUUUUCAAUUGAGUUUCCUACUAACUAAAGUGACCCAGGUGGAAUGAAGGUCUAUGACAGUGGCCAGGGCUGUGUCUGAAAUGAUGCUAAAAGCUGUUAAAGUGCACUAGGAGUUUACAAGUUACAGGAAGAGGAAAGGCCACUUUUGGAGCUGAAAUGAAACGAAAACGAAAGUUUCCUGGCACAUAUGCCGGCUGAGAAGGAGCACUCAAACCAGAGAAAAUAAUAUUAAUAAAAAAAGAUGUCAGUCACUUUCUAUGGUUGGGAAGUGGACUACGAUGAGGAUCGCCACCUCAGAGCGGAACAAGCGGCCAAAUCUGGCAGGCAUUACACCAUGUACCACGGCACCAACGUCCAAGCAGCGCGCCAUAUCAUCCAACAUGGCUUCCGUCAGUCCCGAGAUGGGAUGUUGGGGCCUGGGGUUUACGUGAGCCGCAACCAGAAGAAAGCCGAGCGCUACCCUCUGAACUCUCACGUCACCGAUCGCGUGGUCUUGAAGCUGAGCGUCGACUGUGGAAAAGUCAAGAAAAUUGACAAAGAUAACCACCCUAUGCAGAAGACCUGGCAUAGUAAUGGCUACGACACGGCCUGGGUACCACCCAAAUGUGGUAUGAAGGCUGUUCCCAGUGGCCUGGAGGAAGACUGCGUGUGGGACCCCAAACGCAUCGAGGUGACCGAUAUCGGGUUGGCACCCAGCACCACCAUUUUGAAUGAGCUCAAACAGUUACUCGCCCAGAAAUCCCCGCAAGCCGCCGCUGCUGCCGCCAACCCGCAAGUGUGCCAGCUGUGCAAGUGGAAAAUAGUUCCCGAGCAUAAUGUUCAGACCUGCUGGGGCUGUGGGGAAACUAUCUGCACGCUGAUGACCAAACACAAGUGCAAUCACUGGGGCUAGGAAGUCCGAACCAGAGUACGAUGAUAGAACGACAUAGCAGUAUACCGUAAUAGGGAGAUGUUCUGAUAUAGUGAUAUAUUCAUUCAUUCAUCUUCAGUAAGCACUUUAUCGUGGUCAGGGCCUCGGUGGAUCCGGAGCCAAUCCCAGGAACACUGACGGAUAUACCCCGGUUCAUCGCUGGGCAUAUAAUGAUUUUUUUUUUUUUUAUCAAGGGCACAUCCUCUUAAAGCAACUUGGGAAACCAAACAUCUCUGGGGAAUGGGGGGAAUUGUGGAUUUUUAACCUGUCCAUUUUAUUCUAGCACUUUCUUUAAUUAGAUAAUUGAAUAUGUCUUAGUACCCUAGUCUUUUAGGUGGUUUAAUAUCACCCUCUUUUUAAAUAUGAAGAUGUUCAUAUGGUGUUAUGCUGAAAACUCUGCUUUUUGGGUGCCACUAUUAGGUUGUUCCACUACGGAGGUAAUUUCCUGUCAGAAGUUAUUGUAUUAUGUUAUUGAGUUAUUGUGUCAUGCAACUUUCUGAUUGUAUGAAUCACAAAUCUAUAAGUCACUUUCUUAAAUCUGCCCCUUGACUUGCAACUCGAUUUGACUUUAUGACCUUAAAGGAGUUUUUUUGUGUUAUUUUAACUCCACCCCCUCCGGCUCUUUUCAUCGAGCCAGCUCACCACUCGCCACUGGACAAAAUCUGCGAAAUUUCGACCGUGAACUUUAAAUCGCGAGUACAUUUUUGGGAAUAAAUGAUGACUUGGCAUACAAAAGUCACGUUUCAAAGCUAUAAAUGAAAGUUUUAUUUCAUUUAACGAACGAAAGCAUCGUCACACUGAAGAUGAAUGAAUUCACGGUAAUAAACAGCUUGAAAAGAGCUUUCUAUGGAAGCAUCUAUGGACACUUUCAAUGUUUGACCGGACAGAUGUAAUCAUGUGCUGCAAUGCCACAAGACACAAUGCCAAAAUACAAUGAAAUGUUCACUCUUGUGAAUAUAAACAAAGAUACCAGGAAGGAACUCAGGUUCAUUCAAACUGCACAACCUCUAUUGCACAUUAGCCUUUAGAACCCAUAUUGAUAUCUAUGCAAAUUUGUUUACAUCACAUUUGUUCUGUGCAUCUCUGGGAUAAUACAAAGUUAUAUGACUUUUAAGGUGACAUCUGCAUACAUGGACAAUGAAAAUAUUAUAAUAGUUUUAGAGAAUUUUUCUUCCAUUCACUGCCUUGUUAUAUCUUGCCAUGAAAUAGUGAUAAUCCUAGUCUUAUAUCGACAAUCUUUUUUUUCUUUCUUUCCCAAAACUGAGCUCCUAUUAAUCAGGUUUUAGUGUUGACUGUUAAAUGCAAUGGAUUUGAUCUCCCUUCAUGAACUAAAUAAAACAAUAUUGGAAAACUA